GGCGGGAGCGCCAGCAGGAAGUGUGAGAAGAGGUGGCCCAGGGCGGGCUGGCAAGCGGGCUACCGACGGCUCUUUGCUACUUUUCCGCCGCCGCUGUGGGUGCCUGAGGAGAUGGAGGGGCCGGGGCUGGGCUCGCAGUGCAGGAAUCACAGCCAUGGCCCCCACCCUCCAGGAUUUGGUCGAUGUGGCAACUGUACACAUGAAAACAAGGAACUUGCCAAGGCAAGAGAAGCUCUUCCUCUUAUAGAGGACUCUAGUAACUGUGACAUUGUAAAAGCUACUCAAUACGGGAUUUUUGAACGAUGUAAAGAGCUGGUAGAAGCAGGAUAUGAUGUCCGACAACCAGACAAAGAAAAUGUGUCACUUCUUCAUUGGGCUGCUAUUAACAACAGGCUGGAACUUGUAAAGUUUUAUAUUUCAAAAGGUGCUGUUGUAGAUCAGUUGGGUGGAGAUUUAAAUUCAACUCCUCUUCACUGGGCUGUCCGACAAGGACAUUUACCUAUGGUCAUAUUAUUACUCCAGCAUGGUGCAGACCCCACUCUCAUCGAUGGAGAGGGAUUCAGCAGUAUCCACCUGGCAGUAUUAUUUCAACACAUGCCUAUUAUAGCAUAUCUCAUCUCAAAAGGACAGAGUGUGAAUAUGACAGAUGUAAAUGGGCAGACACCUCUCAUGUUAUCAGCUUAUAAAGUAAUUGGGCCAGAACCAACUGGAUUUCUUUUAAAGUUUAAUCCUUCUCUUAAUGUGGUUGAUAAAAUACAUCAAAACACUCCACUUCAUUGGGCAGUUGCAGCAGGAAAUGUUAAUGCAGUUGAUAAACUUUUGGAAGCUGGUUGUAGCCUGGAUAUCCAAAAUGUUAAGGGAGAAACACCUCUUGAUAUGGCAGUGCAAAACAAAAAUCAGCUCAUUAUUCACAUGCUGAAAACAGAAGCCAAAAUGAGAGCUAACCAAAAGUUCAGACUUUGGAGGUGGCUACAGAAAUGUGAGCUCUUCCUACUGCUGAUGCUUUCUGUGAUUACCAUGUGGGCUGUUGGAUACAUAUUGGACUUCAAUUCCGAUUCUUGGCUUUUAAAAGGAUGUCUUCUGAUAACAUUGUUUUUUCUAACAUCUCUGUUUCCAAGGUUCUUGGUUGGGUAUAAGAAUCUUGUAUACUUACCCACAGUCUUUCUGCUAAGUUCCGUUUUUUGGAUAUUUAUGACUUGGUUCAUCUUAUUCUUUCCUGAUUUAGCGGGAAGCUUUUUCUAUUUUUCUUUCAUUUUCAGCAUUAUAGCCUUUCUCUAUUUUUUCUACAAGACUUGGGCAACUGAUCCAGGCUUCACAAAGGCUUCUGAAGAAGAAAAGAAAGUGAAUAUCAUCACCCUCGCAGAGACUGGCUGUCUGGACUUCAGAACAUUUUGUACAUCAUGUCUUAUAAGGAAGCCAUUACGGUCACUUCACUGCCAUGUGUGCAAUGCCUGUGUGGCUCGGUAUGAUCAACACUGCCUGUGGACUGGACGGUGCGUAGGUUUUGGAAACCAUCGCUAUUACAUACUCUUUUUGUUUUUCCUUUCUAUGGUAUGUGUCUGGAUUAUAUAUGGAUCUUUCAUCUAUUGGUCAAAUCAUUGUACCACAACAUUCAAAAAAGAUGGACUAUGGACUUACCUCACUCAGAUCGUGGCCUGUUCCCCUUGGGUUUUGUAUAUCUUCAUGCUAGCUGUUUUCCAUUUCUCCUGGUCAACAUUUUUAUUAUUAAAUCAACUCUUUCAGAUUGCUUUUCUGGGCCUGACCUCCCAUGAGAGAAUCAGUUUGCUGAAACAGAGCAGGCACAUGAAACAGACACUGUCCCUCAGAAAGACACCAUACAACCUCGGAUUCAUCCAGAACCUGGCAGAUUUCUUUCACUGUGGCUGCUUUGGCCUGGUGAAGCCCUGUGUGGUAGAUUGGACAUCACAGUACACCAUGGUCUUUCACCCAGCCAAGGAGAAAGUUCUUCGCUCAGUAUGAAGAAAAGUAACCCAAAACUCUCAAUCUGAUUUGUUUUUGUUCAUGUUGAUGCCCUGUGAUCUGACAGUGAAGAUUUAGAGUUCACCUAAGCCCAAAAGAAAACAUCAGUGGUUUCUAAAGCCAUUUGGUAAAAACAAAAGUUCUCAAUAAAGGCAUUACAGUUUUUUAGAUUUAGAAGAUGGACUAUUCCUGUAUAACUUGGCAGACAUCUUAGAAAAAAAAACAAAAAAUUUAUAUUUUUCAUGGGA